AGGACCCUCCUCAACCGAAGAUCCACAACCUCCUGUUCAGAAUGAGCACUCGUCGCACUCCUCAAAUGGCUGGUCAGGCAGAAUCCGCAGACGACUAUCCUCUCGAGACUCCAAGCCAUUGCAUCUUAUUCCAAAGCGAGCCGGUAGAUCGACAGAAAUAUCGCUUCUUUCGCUAUCCCGGAACUUGGACGCCCUUGCAGAUCCGGUUGCUGCUGAUGACGUUGGAAGCAGUUUGAUGAGCGAGAAAGGAUACGAUAGCGAUGCACAAGGCAUAUCGACCCCCGCGAAUACCGGUCCUAUCACGGAUCGCUCCCCUACUGCAGCGAGUCUCGAGCGAGCUAUGUCGUCACUGGAGAAGCCCUAUCAGGAUGCGGGAACGGGUUACACAAGCGGUCCGCCCCAGGAGCUGAGACCAGAAGAUGAGCGACGCGAGAUAAGCGAUACACGUUCGGCACUGGCUCGUCCGGCUUAUGUGCGUCACAGUCCGCAGCCACCCCGCUGUUCACCAGACAUCGUAAAGGAUGCGGCACACCGAGUCUCUAGUCCUCUUGCAAAUGUGACCAACCUCUCCAUCCACGACAAAGAGGCAGAUACACCCAGACCCCUUUCCAUAUCUGAGCAAUCAGUAAAGUCUGCAGCAACUGAUCAUGAGGUGCCAUCACCUCUGGCGUCCAUCAAUGGUGGCCGUGGUCGAUUCUACGCCACCGUGGCUCAACAAGGUCUCCAAGCCGCACAGGCAUCCUAUGCAAAAUCGUCGGAGUCAUUAGCUGCGAGAAAUUCGGAGAUUGCCAUCGCGAAAAGACGACAGCGUCGAGGAUCAUCCGCAGAAGUCCGCUCGAUUCACUUGGGUGACAUGAACAUCUCUAAGGCCCUGGCGUCCACUUCAGCAUCCCCUCGCAUUCUAUCCCAGAAUCCGUCUGUCGAUGAGAAUGGACAAAAUAAUAGGUAUAGCAUACGAAGCCUGUCGGAUCAAUAUCAUGAUUGUAUCGGCCAGCGAAGUGCAAACACACCAUCUCUGGGUCAAAAUGGAUUGAAUGGAUUCGACUUCGGACUACCCCACAAGAGAGAUGCGUCUUCGUUUUAUUCGCCCAAGUCUAGUAUUUCAUCUGCCGGGAUUCCCGCAGGCUAUCGAUAUCCGAGUCUGACAGCGAACGCUAGCAGUCUUGGGUCUGAAAGAGGGCCUUCAGGUAGCGGAUAUGAGUACGCACCUGCAGCACAACCAUACACAGACAUGAGCGUAGUGAUUGGUUCUAAUGCUGCGGCCAGCGAAACCGGUGCUCAGACUGAUGCAUUAGCAAGCAAGUUCGUGGAGCAGUUUGGGAUAAGUCCGCCGGUAGGAUCGCCCCGGUCUGUUUCCAACGAAGUCCUACCGCCUCGCAAAAUAAGUGUGGGCUGGAUGUCUGGGGGCCGACGACUUGGGUACGGAUAUUCGUUAGUGGCAGAAGAUGAGGUUGAGAGUCAAAAGUCCCCGGCCGAUUCAAGCUCUCCUGAAGAUAGCGAAAACAAUAGCAUGGUAAACGGAGAGACAAAGGGAGAGAAUGCUGAGAACCAAGACCAGGACCCCGAUGGGCAAGCCAACAAGGUGUCAUCGGCACUUGGCGAGCCAUCAAUCUCGAACUGCGACUUACCAGGCUCCAUGAAUCCCCAGACACCCCGGCGUUGGUCUGGGGCAACUGCACUUGUGACAACAACAGAUUCCAGUGAGUCGACAAACCGGGGCUCCACGGCUUCUUCCUUUUGGGAGUGGCUCACGAGCCGACGAAUGAGUCAAGAUGAAACAGGCGAAAAGGCUAAUGAAAAGAUCAAUGGAUCUGGGUCCGAUCAAGGCCAAGCUCCAGAGAUGGAAGAAGGCCCGAAGAGCUCUUCUAGGUUCAGGAACAGAUACAGCGAGCUUUUCGAUAGGGGUUCGAGAAUGCGCUUCCCACCAGGUCCAAAUACGAACCAAUACAGUGCCACCGACGACGGUAAUGAAUCAGUCAUACAGACGCCGUCGAAUCUGAGCCAAUUCGGCAGUCUCCCGAAGAAACGACCGAGCGUUAGGUUCAGGGUUCUCAAUCGCAGCAAAAAGCGCAACAUCAGCAGCAGCGCAGAGUUUCCCUCCGUCUUCCCCGUCAAGCGUUCGCUUUGGAGGCGCAACUCGGAAACUUCAGGUGUCCACGGCCGUUUAGUAGAUCCAGGAGCAGGUCGAUACCGUCACAAACGAUCGGAACGAUUGGGUCCAGAUGGCGUUGACGACGACCACGAAUCUCUGGAAAUGCAUUCGAAUCCACUAUGAUGGUAUUUGUUAUUCUGUAUAUUAGGGCAAGGACAAGAUGACGGUAAAAGUUGAAUGUAUGACCUACGUUGUUUGUAUUAUAGCACUAUACGAAUUCCCAUGA